AUGGUUGUCUCGCACAUGGAGGAAUCCCGCGUGCAAACUCGCGACCAUAAAGAAAAUACGGAGAAGGCUCAAAACAACGUUCCGUCAAGUAGCUUAGAGAAAAAGAACGAUGGGGAGAGGUUGACGCGACGAAUUCAUACGCAGUCGCGUUCGAUGAAGUCAUCAAACGAUCUUAACAUCACUACUGAGGAUAGUCGCCGGAAAAGUACAACAGUGGAGCGAUCCUUGAGGACAGAGGACGAAACAACACCAGAGUCAGGACUGAGAUCAGAGUCUAGCACAACUACUACUACCAACGUGUCUUCUAAACCGACACCAGGUACAUCCGAGCUAAGUGAGCAAUCGCUUCUUGAGGAACUCUUCCCAGAAGCGAGCAGCACUCCACAACCUCGUCAGCCUGAGCCAAGCGACCGGUACCCAAAGCUCAAUCUUCCGGACUCAAUGCCUAUUGUUCGUCGAGAAUUCUCCGACCGCACUCCGUCACUCAAAGAGCAAGUGGUUGAAGCCUUGCAGAAGCAGGGCGAGCAAAUCACCGUUCUCCAACUCACGAAUUGUAGCACUGAGCUGACGGAAGCCGAUUUCCGUCGGAUCAUACCAAAGAGCAAGCACAUCGAAGGCUGGCACCGAGAUGAGGACUUGUAUAAGAUCGUGCCUGGCCGUGACCCCUUGAGUCUGGAGCGCCUACCCUUUUACUAUCUCCUCUUCAAGAACGCAGAAGCAGCCCUUGCGUACCAGAAGAACGCUUCGAGGCUGCACAAGCUGAGCGCUCUCCAUCAACCUGCGAACAUCUUCUCCGCCAUCCCGCCACCUAAGGGGUUCCUCGAAGAGGGCGAAGACAUCACAGCUGCGAUCUCAUCCUAUAACCUCCUACCCACACACCACCCCAUGAGCCUGAACGUUCUGAUGCAACCUUACAACCCUGCACUACGCAACUUGAUCGAGAGAGGUGGCUACCAACCCAUUGCACCUGCAGUCGAUGAGAAGGGAAACCACAUCUGGAGGGUACUCAUGCACAUCGAAGGCUACGAGCCUACACCUUCGGACCUUUUCAAGAUCUUCUCUCGCGACGCGUACAAGCACGGCAUGAUUCUCCCCCUCCGUAACGAAUCACAAGCAUCGAUUCAUCGUCUCCGCGACAUGAUCAACCUCAAGAUGUCGUCCAAAGCUAUCUCGUCGAGUCGUCCCCGCGCAUACGGCACUUUUGACCAGUCGACCUCCGAGUCGGAGAUGACGUACGAUGAUCCGGCGAUUCAGAGCAUGCUAGGUGGUGCAGAUGAAGAUAACCCGAGCCAGCAGAACCAGCUGGUGAUGAAUCGCGUGUACAAUCGAUGGGUGCUGGAUUUUGAAGACGAGGAUAUGGCUCGGAGAUGGAGCGUGCGGUGGCAUCGUAGAAUGCUGCCCGAGUUGAGCCAUACGAAGGGAGCGUGGAAAGACAGUGAAGAGGCUAGAAUCUGCAAUACGGAACUUCUGUGGUGA